AUGACAUUACCUGAAAAACCAGGGUUCAUAGUGAGCCAUGUGCCUGCGACAGAGGAAGGAGCUCGCACGAUCUGGGAUAUCGAAAGUGCUGCAAAUAAUGACAGGAAUAGGAAGAACGAAAGCUCAAUCGGAUCCCUGCUCUGGCCUCCCCACCUGCAGACCAAGGUUGAGGCACCAACAAGAGCAUCAGAUGGACAGGAUGACGAGAUCCGCCGCAUGAUUCCGAUGCUGGAGGAAUCCAAGAAUACCUACCUACUCAUAACGGAACAAGCGACCAACAAGCCUGUGGCAUUUACUUGGUGGGCGCACAGCAAGGGCCAGACAAAGGCCCAAUGGGAAGAGGGAUAUGCCAACCGAUAUCGUCCGCCAACUAUGAAUGGUGCGCUGAUGGAUGCUACUGGAGGCGUACGUUAUAUGAAACGAGCAAAUCUGCUUGGGGAGAAGAAAUUCUUCCAACUCAAAGAACUGUUUGUUCUUCCUGAAUAUCAGCGACAGGGACUUGGAGGUCUGUUGGUGGCGUAUGGUGUUCAUAGAGCAGACGAACUCUGCCUACCUGCCUAUACUGAGGCAACGCCAGAGGGGCUCGGGCUCUAUCUCAAGCAUGGAUUCAAAGAAGUUGACCGAGUGACAGUUGACUUAGAGAAAUGGGGUGGCCCAAAAGGGGAUUUCAAUUCCUUUGCGCUUAUGUACCGCGAGGCCAAAUCGGCUUAA